CUUCACCUUUCGGUCGCGCUAUAAUCGAGAGUACAACGCGCAAAUAACGUAAAAAUGUUCAUCCUCCUGAUUAUAUCGCUCAUCGCGAUCGUCACAACAUGGGUAGUGUUGACUGUCGCGAAGAACAUGCUGGUCGUUCGGGCGCUCCAGAAGAAACUCUCCAAACUCCACACGAUUCCAGCGGUUCCCGUGCUGGGCAACUCGCUUCUAUUCAAGCGCGAUUCUUCGCCGCCCGCGAUUUUCGCAAGGAUGAAGGAAUUUCAUCACAUUUUCGGAAACGAUUUGAUCGCUCAAGGUCUGUUCAACAAGCCUGCCCUGCAGAUCACCAGUGCCGCAAUGGUGGAGCAGGUGAUCGGCGCAAAAACGAUUCAGAAAUCGCUCAUCUACGAUUUCAUGAAACCAUGGGUGAAUGAAGGAUUGAUAACGGCACUGGGGAAGAAGUGGGCGCUGCGCAGAAAAAUUAUCACGCCUACGUUUCACUUCAAAAUAUUGGAGGAAUUUCUUGCGAUAUUCAAUCGGCAAACAGAAGUGUUGGUCGAAAAGCUACAGCAGCAAUCGGAGAAGGGCGAUUUCGAUAUUUACAAGUAUAUAACGCUCUGUGCUUUGGAUAUUAUAUCGGAGUCCGCAAUGGGAGUGAAAUUAAAUGCUCAGGAUAGCCCCAGCUCCUCGUACGUGAAGGCGGUUAAAGAGAUGUCUGAAAUAAUUUUCCGAAGACUGUUCAGUUUAGGAAACGAGUAUAAGAUACUGUUCCAACUUUCAAAAGCAGCUCAACGUCAGAAGGCAGCGCUUUCCAUACUGCACGAGUUCACCAAUUCAGUAAUCCUUGCCAGGAAACAUCAGCUCGAAGAUGAACAAUUGCGAAAAACAACCCUGGAAAAAAUGGAUGAAACCGAUAUCUACGGCAAACGCAAGAUGACCCUGCUUGAAUUACUUUUGAAUGUUUCCGUAGAAGGACACCGGCUAAACGAAACAGAUAUCCGUGAAGAGGUGGACACAUUCAUGUUUGCCGGUCAUGACACAACGACUUCCUGCAUUAGCUUCAGCGCGUAUCACAUUGCGCAAAAUCCGGAAGUGCAACGGAAGCUGUACGAGGAAAUGGUGCUUGUGCUCGGGGAAAAUUUUAAAACCAUCGAACUGACUUACAGUAUGCUACAGGAGCUCAAAUAUUUGGACAUGACAAUAAAGGAAGUCCUCCGGAUUCAUCCAUCCGUGCCGAUAAUAGGACGCAAAUCUACCGGCGAUAUGAUUAUCGAUGGCCAAGCAAUCCCAGCAGGGGUCGAUAUUGCAAUUUUCAUCUACGCAAUGCAUAACAAUCCGGAGAUUUUCCCCGAGCCGGAAAAGUUCGAUCCAGAGCGAUUCAACGAGGAAAAUUGUAGCAAACGGCACCCUUACAGUUACAUUCCGUUCAGUGCCGGUGCUAGGAAUUGUGUAGGGCAGAAGUAUGCCCUGCUGGAGGUCAAGACAACGCUGGUCAAAAUUCUUGGGAACUAUCAACUGUUGCCGUGUCAUCCGAAAAAUAAUGUACAGUUGAAAACAGAUAUGACGCUUCGCCCCGUCAAUGGAGCAUUCGUGAAAAUCAUUCCGCGAUAGAGGUCUAUUCCAUAUGUUUAAAACUGUUCGUAUAUUAUCUGCUGAUUUUUUAUCUGUAUGUUAUUCUGACCAGUCAUGUAAAAGAACAAACGUAGAUAAGGGAGAGAUUACUUGUGAUCAGUGUUAAAGUUGAGCGAGUCGAAACCCUCUGAUCCAAAAUAGAAUAACGAAUUUUCUGUAUAAAUUAGCUUCGAUGUACCCUUCAAUUUUCCUUAAUAUUUAGGGAGAAUACUUUGUUUAUCCCAUAGAUUAUUAGAGAAUUUGCAUCAUUAAUAACAUUAAUAAUAAAUGAC